AUGGUUGAAACAAAUAACACGCAUAACACAACACCAUACAAACAAGCAGCCACAUAUAUAAUAGAUAAAGAAGAUUACGUACCUUAUUCACCUGAUCGCCACGGUAUUACUGCAUGGGUAAUUUUCUUAACUAGUGCUUUUUAA